ACCCGUGUGAACCCGGAGGACAAAAGUGGGGGUAGCGGGGCUCGCUGUGGGAUUCGCUAGUGGCGCCCUCUGGUGGCGCUUCGCGGAGCCUUGGCGGAAACCCUACUGGGAGCCGGUGUGUCCCCCAGUAACAUUUGCAAAUGAAAGAGGGGAAUUCCCUCUGCAGCCCCCCCGACAAGUGACCUUGCUCUUUUCUCCUUGGCCGGUCAGGGAAGCAAACUCAGGAGCCCUGGCCUUAGGAGAUGGGAGGAAGAUUAAAGCAGCAGUUCUCAACUCUAGAUCCUUUCUAGAGUUUCGGUGGGAGAAAUAGUUUUAGAGUUAUAGACGUCAUUUGCCUUUUAAACUCACAAUGGAAUUUUCCAGAGGCGACCUGAUGUCUAAUGAUGACACUGCUCUUAUGACCAAAGGAAUGUGAGCUCGUAUAUUCUUUUAGAAUUUCCUAAGGCAUUCAUGAAAGGUGGCCGGGUACCACUGUAUCAAUGGCCCAGUUGCCCAUCUCCUGGCGAGAGAUUUCCCUAAGUGACCUGGCAGUGUCACUAUUACCACCACCCCACAUGAAUCUUGUGCUGGAGGCGACUAGAGCUGUGUGUCCCUCAGCAGAAGCAGGUGGCAUAAGCAAGAGUUCCCUUUUGGUUUCAUUUUCAGAGGACCCCAAUUGCGCACUCUGCAAGAAAUAAUGUGCCUCUCAGGAUGAUUCCAAGCUGAGCCCAAAUCACUGAGGGAGAUUCACUGAGGGAGCUACCCACUCUGGGUCCCUUCUCCACGGAGAGCUGGACACUUACUGGGACAACCUGCCUGCGGAAAGGAGCUACCUACCCACUUCAAGUUUCCCGAGAGCUGUUCUGUCACUCAAUAAGGCUCCUCUCCGCCUUGUUCACCCUCUAGUUGUCCGCAUACCUCAUUCUUCCUGGAUGUGGGACGAGAACUCAGGACCCAACGAAUGGUGGGACUGAAAGAGCAGUAACACAAACAGGGCUGAAAUACGCCCUCCUCCCCUCCCCAUGCCCCCGCGACUUGCCACGUUGCAGGUGAUGUGAAGGAGAGAAGUGCUGUGGCCCUUCAGGGAGCCCAGACCUAGUGGCUCCCUGAGCCAGGGCUGCGACACCCUCUAUGGGGCUCUGCGGUUUCUGGUAUCUUCAAACUUCCGGGCACCACUGCAUUCCCCUUGUCCAGACACAGUGCCCACAGCAGAAGCCGCUUGUGGUUCAUCAGAUCCAGCUGCAGACUUGCAUGGAACCGGCACCUUUGCCGGCGCCUGGAGCUGCCUGCCCAGCUGCAGCAGCUGGUGUGUCUGGCUGUGCGCAGUGGCCAGACCCUGCGUUCGCUCGCCUGCACACCCCUCGCUGUUCCGUGCCCGGCUCACCCUUGGCAGGCGUGGAAUCCUGGCUGGUAGCAUGAGCUGAGCGCAGCCUGCCAGGCCACGUCAGUGGAACAAGCCUAGCGGGCCUGAUCAAAACUCAGGCAAAGGCACCACUGGUCACAGAGCUUUCUAGCUGGAAAAGCAACACCCGAAGGAUCCUGUGACACAAUCAACAUGCUAGGAGAUCCCUGCCACCCUGAGAGGCUGCAGGAAGCUGCCUCCAUCCAGGCCUCUUCACAGAAGGAGAAUUGCAGAGACCAUAGGAUUUUUCUACUCACAGGAACAGAUGGUGUCCGGUCAGGACGAUAAAAUGCUUCAAGGAAAGUGCAAUACGGAUUAUAAUACUGAUGAUCUGAGACUCUGAUAAUGACUCUGAGAUGAUUCCCAAUUCUAUGAUGAAUCAUCUCAGAAUGACUCUGAGAUGAUGAUUCCUGAUUCUACGAUGAUUGAGGCAGAUCUCACUGGUUGAUGAAUCUAGUUGGUAAAGCUGAGGCAUCACAAUACCAUCAUUUCUUUCUGAGGCUUCGUGCCUUGGGCAAGGGGCAGCUUACUCCUGGAAGAGGACUGACUCAAGGACCCCAGAACCCCAAGAAACAGGGAAUCUUCCACAUUCAUGAAGCAUGUUCACCUAUACAUGUGAAUCAUGUUCGAGAUAAGUUGCGGGAGAUAGUAGGAGCAUCCACAAACUGGAGAGACCAUGUGAAGGCAAUGGAAGAAAGGAAGUUACUUCAUAGUUUCUUGGCUAAAUCACAGGAUGGACUGCCUCCUAGGAGAAUGAAGGACAGUUAUAUUGAAGUUCUCUUGCCUUUGGGCAGUGAGCCUGAAUUACGAGAGAAAUAUUUGACUGUUCAAAACACCGUAAGAUUUGGCAGGAUUCUUGAGGAUCUUGACAGCUUGGGAGUUCUUAUUUGUUACAUGCACAACAAAAUCCAUUCAGCCAAGAUGUCUCCUUUAUCGAUAGUUACAGCCCUGGUGGAUAAGAUUGAUAUGUGUAAGAAGAGCUUGAGUCCAGAACAGGACAUUAAGUUCAGUGGCCAUGUUAGCUGGGUCGGGAAGACAUCCAUGGAAGUGAAGAUGCAAAUGUUCCAGUUACAUGGUGAUGAAUUUUGUCCUGUUUUGGAUGCAACAUUUGUAAUGGUGGCUCGUGAUUCUGAAAAUAAAGGGCCGGCAUUUGUAAACCCACUCAUCCCUGAAAGCCCAGAGGAAGAGGAGCUCUUUAGACAAGGAGAAUUGAACAAGGGGAGAAGAAUUGCCUUCAGCUCCAUGUCGUUACUGAAAAUGGCCCCCAGCGCUGAGGAGAGGACCACCAUACAUGAGAUGUUUCUCAGCACACUGGAUCCAAAGACUAUAAGUUUUCGGAGUCGAGUUUUGCCCCCUAAUGCAGUGUGGAUGGAGCAUUCAAAACUGAAGAGUUUGGAAAUUUGCCACCCUCAGGAGCGGAACAUUUUUAAUCGGAUCUUUGGUGGUUUCCUUAUGAGGAAAGCAUAUGAACUUGGGUGGGCUACCGCUUGUAGCUUCGGUGGUUCUCGACCGUUUGUGGUAGCAGUAGAUGACAUCAUGUUUCAGAAACCUGUUGAGGUUGGCUCAUUGCUCUUUCUUUCUUCGCAGGUAUGCUUUACUCAGAAUAAUUACAUUCAAGUCAGAGUACACAGUGAAGUGGCUUCCCUGCAGGAGAAGGAGCAUACAACCACCAAUGUCUUUCAUUUCACGUUCAUGUCGGAAAAAGAAGUGCCAUUGGUUUUCCCCAAAACAUAUGGAGAGUCCAUGUUGUACUUAGAUGGGCAGCGGCAUUUCAACUCCAUGAGUGGCCCAGCGACCUUGAGAAAGGACUACCUUGUGGAGCCCUAGGAACACCACAUUUGUUGAAAACUAGCACUCCACCCACAGUGACGUGGUAUCUGAUGAAGACCUGAUCGAGUGUAUUGGUUUUAGUGUUGCUUCGUGUCCUCCAUACAGGAGGAGGAUGUAUUCAGCCUUUAGGAUGAUCAGAAAAGCAGAAAGAGAGAGUGGCCGGAUGGGCUGAGGGGAGAAAGAAUUAUUAAACAAUAAAUACUUUCAAAACAA